AUGUCCUCGACACCUCCGGCUGGGUUUGCCUUUACGGCUUGGGGCCGCCGGCGAGCUGAGUCCGUGGCAUCAGAGGACAGCGCCAGCAGUCAUGACAGCCGUGGCCGGCUUCGCUCUAUCAGCUCCGUGGUCGCGCCCCGGGAACCUUUCCACAGCCAGGACGGUCGUCAUCACCAGGGCCAGCACCAGCUCUCGUCGUCUGUAGCUUCGACGAGUCACAGGGAGCCCAUUCGCUCCUUUAUCAACCCUGCACAGCGGGACUUGGCUCCCGUCAGUAGCCAGCUGCAAGCACGAUCUGUACGCGAAGACACGGCCGAGCUUGCCACCUACCAGCUUGCCGACAAGACCGAGCGCCAAAACUCUUCUAUCCUCGAUCGCAACCGCUCACUCUCCUUCCGAACCACCGUCUCCUCAGACGUGGACGCUGAUGACCUUGACUCCCCAACAGCUGCCAACACGAGCGGCGCUAAUCGAGACCCUGAGCCUAUUGAGGAAACGUCGGAACCGGAACCGUCACCCUCGUUAGACGAGGAAUCCGACGACACCGCCGCCUUUGGCGAGAGCCCCUCCCUGUUGACAAGAGCGUUGCGGCGCUCGCCCCCACAUACGCCCGGCGGAGGCCCCUUUGCCUCGACCAGCAACAACCAGCAACAACAACAAGACCAGGGCGAACAGACACAAUCCCGCAAUGACGCAUACCGUGGGCGCAUCUACCAGCUACGGGGUGCCCUUGUGCGUGAGAGGAGCGACAGCUACGCUGUCUUUUCGGACGCAGAAGAGGAUGGCGACGAGCUUCGGCCUGGUUUGCAGCGCCAGCAGGGUCGGCUGUCCUCGUCGGCCGCCGGCGGGCAUGUCAACGGAACAAACUUCGCGUCACAUGUGCCCACGGAGUCAACACCCCUCUUGGGAAGCUCGGGUGCUCCGAAUGGGUCUGUUGGCCAAGCGAGCUACGAUUUGGAGGGACAGAUGAACACGAUGCGGAGGCGGAUUCUGGGUAUCUUCGACCGGCGCCAAGAGGGACCUACACAUAACCCGACGAUCGUGGUCCGGGACAAAUUCAAGAAAACCUACCGGAAUGUCAAGAACCUCAAGUGGUGGGACCGCAGACGGCUCUGGCAAAAUGUGGUUGUCGCGCCCAUCGCGUGCCUCCCGGCUGUCGUCGUCGGCUUGCUUCUUAAUAUUCUGGAUGCACUCUCAUAUGGCAUGAUAUUGUUCCCGCUAGGAAGUCCUAUAUUCGCACACCUGGGUGCGGCUGGCAUCUCCAUCUUUUAUGUUAGUACCAUUGUGUCGCAGAUUGUAUUUUCGAGCGGGAGUAUCUUCAGAGGCGGCAUUGGUUCGGAGUUGAUCGAAGUCGUGCCCUUCUUCCAUAGCAUGGCCUUGACUAUCACGGACAUGGUGGGCGAAGAGCAUCCCGACGCUGUCAUUGCUACGACCAUCACAUCGUACGCCCUCAGUGCCAUGGUGACAGGUACUGUAUUCUACCUUAUGGGCCAUUUCAAGUUCGGCUACAUUGUGGGCUUCAUCCCACGACAUAUCCUCAUCGGCUGUAUUGGUGGCGUGGGCUGGUUUUUGAUUGCGACCGGGUUUGAAGUGACGGCACGCAUUGAAGGCAGCCUCGAGUACAACCUCGACACGCUCCAGAAGCUGAUACAGCCCGACACGGUGCCACUAUGGGUCAUUCCCUUGACUCUCGCGAUUGUCCUCUUCUAUGGACAGAAGCACAUCACCAACAAAUACUUUCUUCCCCUCUACAUCAUCACGAUUCCCUUCAUCUUCUAUCUGAUUGCACUGAUCGGCAGCUCCGCGUCGCCAUCGGAUCUUCGUGACCAUGGCUGGGUGUUCCAAGGCCCGCCAGCCGGCGAGCCGUGGUGGUAUUUCUACACAUUAUACAAAUUUAAUGAGGUUCACUGGGGAGCCAUUGCCCAGUGUAUUCCGGCCAUGUUUGCCUUGACCUUCUUUGGCAUCUUGCACGUCCCGAUCAACGUGCCCGCCCUGGCUCUCAACACGGGCGAAGACCACGCCGACCUGAACCACGAACUGAAGUUACACGGCUACUCCAACUUUUUGUCCGGCUGCACGGGUAGCAUCCAGAACUACCUAGUGUAUGCCAACACGCUCUUCUUCAUGCGGUCGGGCGGCGAUAGCCGUCUGGCAGGCUUCGAGCUGGCCGCUCUCACGUUCGGCGUGAUGCUGAUUGGGCCCAAGACCAUUGGCUUUAUCCCCGUGAUGAUGGUCGGAUGCUUGAUUUUUGACCUUGGAUUCGAGCUUCUCGUCGAGGCUGUCUGGCAGCCGCGCAAGAAGCUCAAGCCCCUCGAAUAUAUAACGGUCAUUGUCAUUGUCUUGAUUAUGGGUGUCUAUGACUUUGUCGUGGGCAUCGGCGUCGGAAUCUUGCUGGCGUUUGUGUCUCUGAUUUUCCAGACGUCGCAGGUCUCGGCCGUCCGUGCCAUGUACGCCGGUGACAUUGUCACCUCGACAGUGCGCCGCAACCACGCGCAGCACCACUACCUGCGCCAGGUGGGACGGCAGAUCUGCAUUAUCAAGGUGGCCGGCUACCUGUUCUUUGGCACGAUUGUGAGUGUGGAGCAAAAAAUCCGCGACCUGAUUGCCGACGAGGCGUUUAUCCAGCGGCCGAUCCGCUACCUGAUUCUUGAUCUGCGCCAGGUGACGGGACUGGACUACUCGGCGGGAGAGGCCUUUAACACAAUCAGCCGCCUUCUGACUGGGAAAGGGAUCCAUCUGGUCCUGAGUGGCGUCGAUGCGGACCGUGCUCUGGGCCACGACCUGCGCGCGGUGGGUGUCGGUGAAGACGGUAUCGAGGUCGCUUUUUUGCCGGACAUCAACUCGGCUCUCGAGCUGUGCGAGAACGAGCUGCUGAAGACGCUCUAUGCCAGCCAAGAGGCCGAGGCCAGCGAGAUUGUCAAGGCGUCGACGGCUGGCGAUGCAAGUGCAGCCGUCGCUUCAAAGGCCGUAUCGAAAGCGACGGCCACACCGGCAGUCAACUCGUACCUGCAUCCUCCAGCCGGUGGUAGCGGCACAGGAAGUGGGUCGGGACCUGCAGUCGAUAUGCUUGCCAGCUCGCCACGGCGUAACCUUCUUCGGACGGCCGCCCGGGAGUCGAUCAACCGCUUGGAAGACCGCCGCCAGUCCAGGUGGCACAACUUUGCCGAACCCUUGCGGCUGAUGCUGCAGGUGUUCCAGAACAUUAGCGACAAGAACGAGGACUUUUGGUUCCGUGCCACGCGCUACUUUGAACGGCAAGAGUUUGCCGCGGGCCAGAUGCUCUUCCAAGCCGGCGCACCUGCCGAGGGCUUUUAUCUGCUGGAACAGGGAAUUGUGCGGGCCGAAUACGACCUGCCGCACGGCCAGUUCUACCACGAGAGCAUUGUCGCGGGCACGACGUGCGGCGAGCUGCCCUUCUUCUCGGAUACGAGGCGCACAGCGACGGUGUAUGCGGACCUCGACUGCGUGGUAUGGGUGCUCGAGCGGACGGCCUGGCAGCAGCUGCAGAAGGACGACCCAGAGGUGGCCAACGAGCCGCUGCGGGUAUCCCUAAAGCUGACGGCAGAGCGCAUGUCUACGGUGCCGGCAUCGACGAUGUUGAUGGCGGACUGA